CUGGACCAUCGCCUCGCUCCUGACACUCCUGCAUCCCUGUCCACCAAUCAGAGCCGCGGCAUCGUCCCGCCCCUCCCGACUCCUCGAGGACACGUGAUCUGAAGCGGUCUGGAAACCUGCCGCUUGCCUUCAGUGCGUUAUUGUGGUUCACAGGUACAGAGGAAUGGCCCUCCGCGAGACUCUGACAAACUCACGGCUCUGCGCGAGCGCACGGACUGAGGACGCAGGACAGUCUCUCUAACCGGCGCUUCGGUGGAUGUUGUAACUUCGGCAUGUCACUCGAAUGGGAUAUAUGAUUUUUGCCCCAUUUGUGGUUCUCAAGCCCCCCUUGGCGUAUUUUUAUUUUUGCCUUGAUUUCUGAGCAUCUCGCUUACCCACUUUCCUCCCGAUACCAUCCCCUCCCCUGUCAUCGCACCCAGACCUCUCUCAUUCCGCAUCUGCACCCUCUCGCUUCGGGCGGAUCCUCGCUCUUGUCAUCCAGAAACAACUGCUUCAUGGGGCACAUUCCCACCGUCGGAAAAUGUCCCUUACUUGGCAUUUAAGCGCACCCGCAAAGUUGACAACAUUGGGACACGGGCAGUCGUUGCGCGUCUGUGAGCUGUGUUGGGGGAACUGAGAUGGGUGUCUCGGUGGCGGCGGCCCUACACGAGCCCCGAAGUCCGCACCAGUGGAGCCGGAUAGUGGGACACUGGGUAUGGAUUGCAGUCUUGUCCUUUCUCGCCACUUUCCCGGUGCAACAACUUGGUGCGUUCCCGUCCUCUCUCAGCGACUGUCAGACUCCAACUGGAUGGAACUGCUCGGGGGAUGAUGACCGGGACACAGAUCUCUUCCUUUGUGACACCAAUACUUGCAAGUUUGACGGCGAAUGCCUCAGAAUCGGGGAUAUAAUAACAUGUAUAUGCAACUUCAAGUGCAACAAUGAUUAUGUUCCUGUGUGUGGCUCCAACAAUGAAAACUACGAAAAUGAGUGUUUUCUGCGGAGAGACGCCUGCAAACAGCAGACUGAGAUCCUGGUUGUGUCUGAAGGAUCCUGUCCAGCCGAUGCUGGUUCGGGAUCAGGAGAUGAAGCAGGGAACGAGGGUUCAGCGGAGAACGGACAGAAGGAGACAUCCACCUGUGACAUUUGUCAGUUCGGGGCAGAGUGUGACGUGGAUGCAGAAGAUGUUUGGUGCGUGUGUAACAUCGACUGCUCCCACAUCAGUUUUAACCCUGUGUGCGCAUCAGACGGCCGUUCAUAUGACAACCCAUGCCAGGUAAAAGAGGCGUCGUGUCAGCGACAGGAGCGCAUCGAGGUCAAGUUCCUGGGUCACUGUCAGGGCGACAUGAUUACAGGCACCAAAGCCGGAGAUGGACAGUAUGCCAGGACAGACUACACAGAGGAGAAGCCUGAGGUUUCAGAGGUGGCAAGGGGUCUGUACAUCCCCUGCCCUGAGCACUACAAGAACUAUUGUGUUCAUGGAGACUGUGAAUAUCCCAACAUGCUCUCAACACCGUCCUGCAGAUGAACAACACAGUGGCCCAGUGAUUAGCUCUCUUGCCUCACAGUAAGAAUGUCUCUAAUUGAAGUCCCUUCUAAACCAGAUGACAUUUCUGUGUGAAGUUUGCUUGUUCUCACGUGGGUUUUCCCCGGGUUCUCCGGUUUCCUCCCACAGUCCAAAAAACACACUACCUAGGUAAAUUGAGCAUAACAAAUUGAUACCAUAGCCAAGCUCUUAGCGAGUACACCUCUUCUCAGCCAUCCUAUAUCUGUCAUUAGCCAGAAAUAAGCCUGGGGAGUUCAUCGAGAUCUACCUGAGCUCAAACUCCCCUCUCACUCUGCAAACGAGAAGGAACCCAAGGCUCUAGGAUCUCAUAAGCUCAGGGCUCUCUCCCAAGACAGCAUGCUAAACAAGCUUCAUUAU